AUGGGAAAUAAUAUUAUAUUAUCUCAAUAUGAUGAAAUACAAAAUUAUAUUAAUUCUCUUCAUAUUGAUUUUGAAUCAUCCAAGGAAAAAAUAUUAGCAAAAUAUGAUAAAAAAUAUUUAAAUAAACGUUCACGGGUACCGAAUCCGUUUAUGUUAUACAGAAGUGAAAUUUCUAAUAUACUUAAAGAAAAAUAUAUUGUAAAACAAGAAUUGGUUUCAAGGUUUAUCGCAAAUAGAUGGGAAAAUGAAAGUGAAAUGGUUCGAAAAUGGUUUGAGAAUAUAACAGAUUAUUUAAACCAAUUAAAAAAUCCAAAUCAUGUAAACAAAAAAGAAAAGAUGUCUAGUAAACCAGAAGAAAUUAUUACAAUUUCCCUAAAUGAAGCGAUAAAUUCCGCCUACCAACUUUGUGCAUAUGACCAUGAAAAUAAAUAUUUUUAUUUUGUUAAUCGUUACGAUUAA